AUUAUAUCGAAGGUCGCAGUAGACACGUGGCAUGAUACGUAUCUAUUUGGUCUUGUAUUGAUUGUUAACCACGCGUCCGCUAUCGCCAUGUUGGACAUCAAACCAACUGCAAAUGCGAUCCGCUUUUCUGCUUUUAUUUCCCAAAUUUUGGCUUACGGAACGGUGUUGAUUCGUGUUCUUAAAUAGCAGUGGAAUUGUGAGCGAGAGAAGAGUAUAAAACACGGAGAGAGCCCUGUAGAGCCAAUAAGCAGCUGCAGGGAUGAGCAUGGCUUUGUGCCAACAGUUGGUCGCUGGGGCAGUGAAUGGCCGAGUUGACUCGAGAAGACAGAAAUAUGGUGCCAGCCACAGGGGCAGGCACGCGGGCCCUGGAUCAGGGGUGUGCCGCUACCCCUGCCGGUGUGGGCCCAUUAUGAAUCACCAGCCCUGAUCGUAUCUACGGUCGAACAAUAUGAGGAACUAGCAGGCAGUGUUGAAUUAGAAACUCAACGCUUAUUGCGUGAGCAUAGAUAUGACACUAUUGGCAACUUCCUCAGGUUCUACAAGAAUUAUAUUAUGAGUGGAGAAAGUAAAUUGGAACGAUUUUAUCGCAAGUAUCAGCCUUUAAUAACACCUGAACACUAUACAUGUGUUGGGCUUGGAUUUGAAUUACUACGUCGAUUACGUAGUUUAAAUAACAAAUAUCCUGAUAUAGCUAGUGGGCUCUACUUAGUGUCUUGUGAAGAAACGAUUGGAGAUAUUGCUAGUUAUGUUGGAGGUCCACCGGCUGCAGAUAGUGGAGAGAAAGAACACGUUCUAGUGUGCCUGAAAAUCAAGAUUAAUGGACGUCAAGGUGUUAUGCUUCUUGAUCCUGGUUAUCAUGUUGCUCGUGUGAUUACAGUAAUGGCUGAUAAAUUAUAUCCUCAUACGGGCUGGUUUACUCAAUCUGAUGAGCCAAAUUGUAAGAAAGAGUACAACUAUUUUCUGUGUGCUGAAGAUCCUGAUUAUGUCGAAUGGCAUGAAAGGGAAACUCGACCAGGUGCCUUGGAAAGAACACAAGUUGCUCUUAUUUAUAUGGCAAGGCCAUAUCUUACUGCCAUUGAUGUUACGGAACGCAGAAAUUUGGUUUACAAUUUCAGAAGUUUACUUGCCCGAGACACUAAAGGUCAUGUCACAGCUGGUAUAUAUUUUCCCAUUGUCCUAGACAUGAACAAUGCACAAACUUUUACGAUUUUCUAUCAAACAAAUAGUGGUAAGAAAAGGAUUAAAAUGCCAUUCAACAAAUUCUGCAGCUCGCCUAAAAUAAGUCCUGAUGCAAAGGAAACUGAAAUUAUUUCAAAAAGUGCUCGUCAAUUGGGUCUAACACAAGAUACACUGAAGGAUAUGCUUUCAGCUCUAGCUACUGUCAUGAGUGAUUCAACUUUUUUGGCACAACUCUUGACCAUUAAUGCAAGAAUUAACACCCUUGCAGAGGAUAAUUAACAGAAGACAGUCCACCCUGUGCGGUGCCAAUACAAUAUUAUAUUAUAUCAUAUCUUUUGCCAGCUUUCCUCUUAUGUUCUUCUAUUUCUAUUGACUAUCAUAUUUACUCUUUCUUAUAUGUAAAAUUAUUUUUCUGACAACGAAAUGUAAAGAAAUUUCUGUUAGUAAUUAUUUUUAAUAUUUUUCCAUUUUUAAAUUAAUCUAAAUUCAGCAAAGGUAUAAAAAUUAAUUCUAUUCUAUAAUAUUCUAUAAAAAUUGAUUAUUUUUUAUUUUGUAUAUUUUCAAAAUGCUAGAUAUGUUUAAAUACUUAUUAAAACUAUGAAUCUUGCUUUUCAUAA